AUGGCGUUUGCUGGGACAAAUGUCAGUUUGUCCCAGCCGGAUAUAACGCAAAAACUGACGGAGCGCAUAGAUGAUCUGAAGCAGAGAAUCGCUGCUUGGGGAAAGCGGAUUCGGCGAUAUACCGAGAGGUCGACACGGUUCAACCAGAAUCGUCUCUUCCAGAGUGAUCAGAAGAGGCUCUAUGAAUCAUUGGAGCGACCAAUGGUAAGUGGAACGGGUCCAGCGCCGAAUCAGGCCGACACUGUAGCAUUCUGGCGCGGCCUGUGGUCAGAGCCCGUAAACCACAGCGAGGGCCCUUGGACGGAAGUUGUGGCGAGGAAAAUGCUGAAAAACCUGACGGCACAGAUCGUAAGACACACUGUAGCAUCCCGCCAGCAUCUUACUCCAGAGAUAGCGCUCCGUUUAAUAACACCGUCCUGCCCUCUUUGGUCAGCGCCAGUUGAGGACAGCCCUUUCAAAGAUCCCUUCUGGGCAUUUUACUGGCCUGGUGGACAGGCAACCGCCAGGUACAUUUUAGAUAAUAAACAGGUAGUACAAAAUCGCGUUGUACUUGAUGUUGGUUGUGGAUGUGGCGCUGGCUCGAUUGCCGCUGCCUUUAUGGAGGCCAAGAGAGUCGUGGCGAACGAUACCGACGAAGUGGCAGUUAUGGCUUCACAAAUUAACGCAGAAUUAAACGGAAUUAAGAUCGAAACCAGUACAGAAGACAUGAUUGGAAGGAGAUGCGAAGAGUUCGAAGUUGUUUUAAUCGGCGACAUGUUCUAUGACGAGGAAUUCGCAAAGGUUUUGUUCGAAUGGCUUAAGGCUUUAACCCGAAAUGGAAAAACUGUAUUAAUUGGAGAUCCAGGGAGACAUGGUCUGACGCACAGUAAGAGAGAGCAUCUGUCUCUGUUAGCUACGUACCAGCUUCCGAAAGAGACCUGCCUCGAGAACCACGGAUACACUGAUACUACUUUGUGGAGAUUAAAUAAAACUUGA